AUGAGCAUGCAUAACGUGACUAAUCCUCCCAACAGGCUUCAACAUGUUCCUCCUCAUCGUAUCAGUCUUCUGGACCUCAGGGAGACGCUGGCUCGUUUCACUUGGCCCGUGUCGGACUCGAUGACGAGUGUCAACCCAGUGGUGGCGGAUGCGCGAAUUACAAGUGUAUCAAGUCUGAUAAAACCUGAUUUUUCUCCGUUUGUUGUGAAAAAACACGGCCAAAUGAUCGAAACUGGUACCUUCAUAGCUCAGUGCUUUUCUGCAAUAUGUACAGCACUUAAUUCUGAAGGUGAAGAAUGGAGAUCGAAUGAACGACUUGAUUACAAGGGCGUUAGAAAAGCAUCUGUUGGACAAUCAAGAGGACGAGUAUUGCCUGGUUCAGUUGUUACCAAAUGGAGGAAACGCAAGGACAAUGCGAAGGGUGACGGUACCUCACCUUACGUAGGGCCAUCAACGAAAAAGCUGAAUAAAAUGAAGAGAUCGAAUCUUCUUAGGUGGAGCAGCGGUUAUCUGUAA